UUUUUAAUAAAAAUGUCAACCAAUUCAUUUACUAAAGCUCAGUAUAAAUUAGAUGAUCCUGUUGUGCCUGUAUGGGAUGAUGACAAACAACUUGAAAUGGGGUUUGAUGCAAAAACGGAAGGAUUGACUUUUAGACAACGAAGGCGUUUGCAAGAACGAAAUGCUUGGAAUAAAUAUUGGGAAGUUCGUGAGAAGGAGAGUCGGGGAACAAUUUGGAUUCGAGGACGUUAUUAUGGUCAUUAUCUAUUAUCUUUGCCAGUGACUUUUGUUCGUGAGAAGAUUAUAGAACCUUUACAUGACCGUUACCAACCAGUCUACUAUCAUCGAAAAUUGGAUCGAGUUCCUGAUAUUGAUCAAUGUGGAGUUCAUGACAGGGUUUGCAUUUUUGAAGCAAACGAACAAUACAGAAUUGACAAAAUGGUUGAUGCUUACAUUGUUAACAUUCUGAUGUAUCGAAUGCAUGACUGUAUAAAAUUUUUCGGAAAAGUUAGAAUGGGAAUGUGUUCUAAAUAUAUUGAGGAUUAUGAAGAAGCUGAUUUGAAUUAUUUUAUCAAGUAUGGAGAAAUUGGCACUUCAUCUGAUGUGGUUGAUGCCUAUAUGAAACAAAAACAUCGUUUGAUUUGGGAACGGCGUCAUCCACAAAUUAUGGCUGAGCGAAAGCGAUUAGUUGAACAACACAAAAAAGAUAUGGCUGAUGGAAAAUUUGAGAUGAAAUUUUGGAACAAGUUUGCCUUGUACCAGAAGAAAUAUGAAUAUCAAGGAGGGAACUUUUUUGGUCACCAUUGGGAUAAUUCUAAACUUCCACGUUUUGGCGAUCAACCAAUUUCUAAGGACUGGCGUUACUACAAAAAACUUUCAGAAGAUGUCAAUUUUGAUAAAAGGAAUUAUCCAAUUUGGUUAAACGAGGCUUGUGAAAAGGCUAAAAUUUUGGAAGAAGAAAUGAAGGCUAAAAAUGUUGAUUAAAAGUUUUUUUGAAUUUAAAAAUAUAGGAAUUUAAUUUUGUUUUUGGUUUCCUUUAGAGUAAAUUUUGAGUUGAAAAAAGAGGAAUGUCAUUAACCAAAAAACAUUUUUCUUUUGGACGAUUUUUGCGGGUUUUUUAUUGUUGCGGAAUAAUAUUCGGUUUUUAAUGACAUUCUGA